ACAGGGCAGCCUGGGAACGGCACGGUCCCCACCCUGCAGACAUAAAUAGGGCCUCAGCGGCCCAGCCACAGGAAGAGGCCACCCCUGUCUUGGGGACCAGAGUAGAAGAAUACUUCAGGGUCCGCAGAAGCGAGCACCCCGUCAGAGAUGGCGCCUGCUGGCCUGAGCCUGGGGGCCUCCGUCCUUUGCCUCUUGGCCUGGGCUCUCCUGGCCACUGCAGACCGGGUGUAUAUACACCCCUUCCACCUCCUUGUUUACAGCAAGAGCAGCUGUGACCAGCUGGAGAAGCCCAGUGCGGCGUCGCCCCCAGACCCGACCUUCACACCUGUCCCGAUUCAGGCCAAGUCGUCCGCCAUGGAUGAGCAGGCCCUGCGUGAACAGCUGGUUCGAGCCACCCGGGAGCUGGAGGCCGAAGACCGGCUGCGGGCCGUGAACGUGGGGAUGUUGCUCAACUUCAUGGGCUUCCACAUGUACAAGAUGCUGAGCGAGACACGGAGCGCGGCCAGCGGGGCUGUACUCUCCCCGGUGGCUCUCUUUGGCACCCUGACCUCUUUCUACCUGGGGGCCUUGGACCCCACGGCCAGCAGACUACAGGCGUUUCUGGGCGUCCCGGGGGAGGAUCAGGGCUGCACCUCCCGGCUGGAUGGUCACAAGGUCCUGUCCGCCCUGCAGACCAUCCAGGGCCUCCUGGUGGCCCAGGGCGGGGCCGGCAGCCGGGCCAGGCUGCUCCUGUCCACGGUGGUGGGGCUGUUCACGGCCCCUGGCCUGCGCCUGAAGCAGCCAUUCGUGCAGGGCCUGUCUUCCAUCACCCCUGUCACCCUCUCCCGCUCGCUAGACUUGUCCACGGACCCAGAUCUCGCCGCCGAGAAGAUCAACAGGUUCAUGCAGGCUGUGACGGGGUGGGAGAUGGGCAGGCCCCUGACAGGGGUCAGCCCAGACAGCACCCUGCUCUUCAAUGCUUACGUCCACUUCCAAGGAAAGAUGAAGGGGUUCUCCCUGCUGCCGGGGCUCCAGGAGUUCUGGGUGGACAACACCACCUCAGUGUCGGUCCCCAUGCUCUCGGGCAUCGGCACCUUCCACUACUGGAGCGACACCCAGAACAACCUCUCCGUGACCCGCGUGCCCCUCAGCGCCAACGCCUGCCUGCUGCUCAUCCAGCCGCACUGCGCCCCCGACCUGCGGCAGGUGGAGGCCGUCACCUUCCAGCACACCUUCCUGACCUGGAUGAAGAAUCUCUCUCCCCGGGCCAUCCGCCUGACCGUGCCCCAGCUGACACUGAAAGGGUCCUACGACCUGCAGGACCUGCUUGCCCAGACCAAGCUGCCCACCCUGCUGGGCGCCGAGGCGAACCUGGGCAAAAUCAGCGAUGCCAGCCUCAGAGUUGGAAAGGUGCUCAACAGCGUUCUCUUUGAGCUAAAAGCAGACGAGGGAGAGCAGCCCACGGAGUCCGCACCACAGCCCGCUGGGCCCGAGGUCUUGGAGGUGACCCUGAACAGCCCAUUCCUGUUGGCCGUCUUGGAGCGAGACUCAGCCGCCCUGCACUUCCUGGGCCGCGUGUCCAACCCGCUGAGUGCCGCAUGAGGCCCGCCGCCCGUGUGUCACCGCCGGUGUCACCACCCGUCCCCGUUCUCUUCCACGGAGUCCACCGGGGGCCGGGAGUGGCCGCUCCUCCUGGGAAACGCGCGCUGUGUACAAUGAGCAUCCUCCUCGGGCGGCUGGGGGGAUGCAGGGCCAUGAGCCGUGUUCUGUACAGGCCACUGCUCCUGAAGGAGCUUGAACACACCAGCUUGUCUGUGAAACCGAAAAUGGUUUCCUUUUUCAUCGAGGACAGAAAUCGGGCUUUAAAAUUAAAACACCCCUUUCUCGUUGC